AUGGAGCUCAUUCGACGUAUAUGUAGUAGAGGCGACCUCAAAGACCCGCAACGGUCAUUGCCCAUUGGGACGUUGGCCGCACAAAUUACGACUUCCGUCAUAUACCUCUCGUUCGUGCUGUGUUUUGGUGGCACCAUUCACGGCGCACUGUUACGUGACAAGUACGGAGAAAGCCUCAGCGGCGAUAUGGUAGUAGCUUUGCUCGGAUGGCCGAACAAGUGGGUUUUGCUGAUCGGUUCGUUCACUUCGACUUUCGGGGCUGCCUUACAGUGUCUCUGCAGUGCUCCGCGACUGCUGCAGUCCAUUGCGAAGGACGACAUCAUUCCGAUCCUAAACGUGUUCAGCGCGGUGACGAAGCACAACGAGCCGUUCAGAGCGCUGCUGGUCACCACGGUCAUCGCCGAGCUGGCGAUCUUGAUCGGCGGUAUCGACUACAUCUCGCCCGUAGUCGAUUUCUUCUUCCUGAUGUGCUACUGUUUCGUGAACAUCGUUUGCACGUUGCAGACGAUUUUAAAGGCACCCAACUGGCGGCCCCGCUUUCGCUUCUACCACUGGAGCCUGUCAUUGCUCGGUGCGAUGCUGUGUCUGUUCAUCAUGCUGGCAACGCAUUGGUAUUACGCAUUGGUCGUCAUCAUACUUUGUGCUUUUCUGUACAAGUACAUUGAGUACAAAGGGGCGAACAAGGAGUACGGCGAUGGCCUCCGUGGUUUUGCUCUGUCCACUGCUCAAUACAGUCUGCUGCGUAUCGAAGAAAACUCGAAUCCUCAUCCUAAGAAUUGGAGGCCACAGCUGUUGGUUCUGCUUAAGGUCGACGAAAGACGUGACGAGGUAAACAUGAAGAUGCUGCAGUUAGCCAGUCAGUUGAAAGCCGGUCGAGGUUUGACGAUCGUAGCGUCGAUGAUCGAGGGAGAUCCGGCUCAGCCGGAAGACCAGAAGUACGCGCAGGAAGUACGGAUGAAGUUGAAGAACGCGAUGGCCGAAGCGAAGGUCAAAGGUUUUACCAACGUGGUUCUGUGUCACCGUCUGUCGGAAAACGUGAGCACGCUAGUACAGAGCAUCGGAAUCGGGGGCCUCCGACCGAACACCAUCAUGGUCGGUUGGCCACACAACUGGAAGGAUGCAGACACGCAGCACAACGACAACUAUGCAAACUUCUUAGAUGCGAUACAUCGCGCAUCAGCGACCGACAUGUGUUUACUCGUUCCAAAGGGUCUUCCGCUAUUUCCGGACCAGAGC